AAUGGCACCGCUCGUACUAUGGUUGCUGCGAAAAUGAAACGAUAAAUAAUAAAGUAAUGUGUUUUUGUGAAAAAACUCAAGCCUACAGUGUUGUUUACACUCUGUUCAAAACGGCGCUUACUUUGUUUACUUUCUGUUAUAAAGUACGCUGUCUGAAAAAGGGCGGAGUCCAUAUCAAUACAGUUGCUUGGAUGUGAUACGUAUAGAAAACAGAAAUGUGUUAAAAGUAAGAAACUCUCAGUUCUAUUCAGCUAUGAUAUUCCUUCUUCAGAACUAACAAAGGAAAUUCUUAAAAACUCACAAUGUCAGGAGGAGCGGCCACAAACUCUGGUGCCAGUACAUCGGUAACGGCCCUCGGAGGGCUCGGGGGCUCUCUAGAAGACAAGGACUGUGAUCUCCUCUGUCCCGUGUGCUUUGAGCUGAUAGAUGAAGCGUAUGUGACGAGAUGCGGGCACUCGUUUUGUUAUGCGUGUAUUGCUAAAUCCGUGGAGUUACAUAGACGGUGUCCAAAAUGCGGUGCCCAGUUAACAGGCAGAGACCACUACUUCCCGAACUUCCUGCUGAACGAGCUGGUGGCCCGCAGGCGGCUGCGAGCGAAGCCGAGCGCAGCACCAGCUGUGCCCUCCCCGGGGGAUGCUGAGCGGCUGCGGGCUCUGGUCGCUGCGGAGGCUAGGCAUUUGGGUCUAUCGGACGUGGACGGCAUGCUGGACGUGCUGACCCGGCGCAAGCGGCUGCUCGAAGCAGAGUCGGCAGCAGCGCACCACCGGCUGCUCUACGAGUUCCUGUCGCAGCUGCUGCGCCACCGCACGCACCAGCUGGAGCAGCUCGCAAGGGAGGCGGAGCUCGUGAGGAAGGACAUGGAGCACGUAGGCCAAGUGCUGCGGACCCUCAAGGGUGGUUUGGACGAUGGAAGGUUGACCCCAGACCAGACUCUCAGCCAGGAACCACCAAGAUUGAAGCGGGAUAUCAGCGAGCUGGACGCUUCUGCAACAUGUGCAGAAGAAGAAGAGAGUUUCAUCUCAGGCUGCGGUGCUGCGUGGGGCGGUGGAGAUGCGCUAGCGCAGCGUUGGAGACGACUGGCCGCACACUUUGAUGAUUUCGUACAGUGCUAUUUCGCGCACCGCGCGGACGAGCUCUACUUCCCGGGCUCGGGCUCCGACGGGGCUACGCCCGCGGGGCUCCAGCCCGUGCCCCCGGGGCCCCACACAGGACCCCACACUCCGGGGCCCCACAGCGUGGCCUCUGUUGCGACCGACGAUAUAGUGCCGCAGCAGAUGCCGGAGAGCAGGGCUAGUAGUGCGGCCGGCGGGGACCAACGGGCCCCAGACGGCGAGGGCCCCGUGGCCUCGCACUCCGCGUGCGGGGCCCCAAGUGUCCCUGAGGGGUCUGCGGACGUCGGGGCCCUGGGGGGCCUCGAAGCCUUCCGCGAGGACCUAGCUGCCUUCACGCGGUACAGGGCCCUGAGGCCCCUGGCGACCCUGUCGUACUGUUCGGACGCGAUUAACUACUCCACUAUAGUGUCGACUAUCGAAUUUGAUAAGGACGAUGAGUUUUUUGCUAUUGCUGGGGUUACUAAGAGGAUAAAGGUGUUCGAAUUCGAGUCGGUAGUACGUGACGCGGUUGAUGUGCACUACCCGUGCGCUGAGAUGCAAUGUUCUCACAAGAUAUCCUGCGUCUCUUGGAAUGCGUACCACAAGAAUGUGUUGGCGUCCAGUGAUUAUGAGGGCACAGUGGCUGUGUGGGAUGCUGCUACUGGGAUGAGGACUAGAGCAUUACAGGAGCACGACAAACGUUGCUGGUCGGUACACUUCAACCGCGCUGACGUGCGACUCUUGGCCUCAGGGUCAGACGACGCUAGGGUCAAACUGUGGUCACUUAACGCGGAACGUUCUGUGGCCACUUUGGAGGCCAAAUUCAAUGUCUGCUGUGUCCGAUUCAAUCCUAGCUCCUCUUGUCACCUAGCGUUUGGGUCUGCGGAUCAUUGUGUCCAUUAUUAUGACCUAAGGGCCCCUAGAUCACCGCUGGCUGUGUUACGGGAUCACAGGAAGGCGGUGUCCUAUGUGCAGUUCUUGGAUGAUAAGACUUUAGUGUCCGCGUCCACGGACUCUAUGCUGAAGUUGUGGAAGGUGGAUUCCCCGCGUUGCGUCCGUUCGUUCACGGGUCACGCGAACGAAAAGAACUUCGUCGGUCUGGCCACGGACGGCAAAUAUGUAGCUUGUGGCUCAGAGAAUAACGCUCUGUAUGUGUACUAUGGGGGGGUUUCCAGACCGUUACUAGCGUAUAGAUUCGAUGCUUUACGAGGGUUUCUAGAGAGGGAAAGACGGGACGAAGAGCCUAGCGAGUUUGUGUCGGCUGUGUGCUGGCGUAGGCACCCGGCACGCCCUGCAUUGUUGGCAGCUAACUCGCAGGGUACUAUUAAAGUGUUGGAAUUGCUGUAAGGUGUACUGUAUUGGAGUGUUUGGUACAGUACUGUAUGGUAUUGUACUGUAUUGUAGGGUAUUGUAAUGUACGGUACUGUAUUGUAGCAGCUGAUCACUCGUAGGGCACUAUUUAAAGGUGUUCGAUCUUUUGUAGGGCUGUGCACUGUACUGUGCUGUAGUGUACUGUAAUGUAUGGUACUGUACUGUGCAGUACUGCGCUGUACUGCACUGUAUACUGCACUGUACUGUACUGUAAAGGUGCUAGAACUCGUUUACUUACAUCAUUGUAACGUAUUAAAUAGCAGCUGAUAACUCACAGUAUACAUAUAGUAGACGCUCCUUAUGUACUGUAAAUUGUGAGUCGAAU